CAUGAAUCACACUCCGAUUAUAUAUCUUUUUAGUUCUACUCUGAGAUAAUAUAAAACCCUAGAAUGAUCGAUUAUUAUAAGUUGAUUCGUAGUUUGUGCAAUCAAUUCGAUCGAUAUUCUCGUACGAACAAAAUAUUAGGAUAUUCAAAGUUCGAAUUUGUUCUGUAUUAAGAGGAUGCCUCCGAAACAAUCAAAAGCGGAAUUAGCGAAGAAGCAGAAAAUUGUGGAAGACAAGACAUUUGGACUUAAGAACAAGAACAAGAGCAAGAAUGUUCAGAAGUAUGUGCAAUCACUUCAACAGAACGUACAACCUAAACCCGAUGCUUCCAAACUUGCUGCUAAGGUAUCUAUUUCGAUUGGCUGUUUCGAUUUUAGUGGAUAUCGAGGGAUUAGCUGAUCUCAAUUGAGUGUUGAUUAAUUUUAAUUUCCAAUUUUACAGAAAAAGAAAGAGGAAGAGAAGGCUAGAGAGAAGGAAUUAAAUGAUUUGUUUAAGAUUGCUGUUGUUCAACCGAAAGUACCUCUUGGUAGGUUUUUGAUUUACUCUAGCAAUUUGAUCUUUUUAUUAGGUCAGAUCAUAGUUUUAUUGAUGAAUCCUGGAUUCGAAUUGCUUUGGUUAGGGGUGGAUCCGAAGUCUAUAUUGUGUGAAUUCUUUAAAGCUGGUCAGUGUGCGAAAGGAUUCAAAUGCAAGUUUUCUCAUGAUCUGAAUGUACAGAGGAAGGGUGAGAAGAUUGACAUCUUCAGUGAUAAGCGUGAUGAAGGUAUAUAUAUAUUUUUUUGCUUAAGUUAUUAAAUUUAUCAUCAUUACUUUCUUGUGAUGACUUGAUAUGGAAUAUAAGUAUUUCUUUGAUCUGCAAUAUGGUUUUAGGAACAAUGGAGGAUUGGGAUCAGGAGACAUUGGAAAAGGUUGUGGAAUCGAAAGGGAAAGAGUAUAACCAGAAUAAACCAACUGACAUUGUAUGCUCUCUUAAUCUCUUUAAACUUUUUCCAACCAUGUUGAUAUUAUUCAUGACUCCAUAUGUUCAUACUCUGCCAACUGUUUGUAUAAAAAUAAAAUAAACACAAACCCAUAAACAAUGUUAAUAUUAUUCAUGCUCCAACCUCUAAAAUCUAAAUCAAAUCCUACUUUAUCUUUGCCAAUGUUUCAGGAGAGUUGUAUGAAUCAAAGGCAUUGGUGCCUUUUGUCAGGUGCUAUUUUUUCUACCUUACAGUGAUAAAUAUCAAUUCUAUCUCUUAAACUAACUGAAAACAUAAACAUUAUGAACCCUUUUAACAACCAUAAUGAUUAUCCUCACAUUGUUUGACCUUUUUAGUCACCAAAGUUGAUGAAUUUGCAUAUCUAUGCAUCUAAAUUUCUUGGCAUUAGCCAUGAAGUUAUGAUAAUUAACUUUUUAUGAAUUCAUGAGUAGGUUUGCAAGCAUUUUCUAGAAGCAGUGGAGAAGAAACAAUAUGGAUGGUUUUGGGUUUGUCCCAAUGGUAACAAAGAGUGUCAUUAUAGGCAUGCUCUUCCUCCAGGUUACAUUCUUAAGUCACAAAUGAAAGCACUUUUGGAAGAAGAAUCCAACAAGCUAGCUAUUGAGGAUGAAAUUGAAGAUCAGGUUGGUAUUUUUUAUUAUAUUUUUUCAUGUAACUUUAUAUAUGUGUAUUUUUUUAGUUACUUAAAUGUCAUUCUUUACUAUUUUGCAUUAGAAAUUGGUUCUUACUAAUGUUUUUUGAUUUUGUUUAGCGUGCAAAAGUGAAAACCACAACUCCAAUGACUACUGAACUAUUUUUGGAGUGGAAGAGGAAGAAGGUGGAAGAAAGAGAUGCUGGUUUGGCUGCUCAAAGAGCAGAGAGGGCUAAAAAUGACCGAAUGAGGUUUGUUAGCUCAUAUAAUUACAUUUUUGCCCCUAUGUUAUAGUCUUUUUUUUGGGGUUUGGAUCAAAAAGGAAUCUUUUUAACCUUUUUCUUUGUUUUUGUCCUUUUGGUAUUAUUAUUAUAUAUAUAACUCUUUUGGUCGCUGACACCAUACAUUGAAGGGUGUUAAGUGUGCGUAAAAUGACCAUUUUGCCCUUACUUUGACAGUGGUCGCGAGUUGUUUCUAUCUGAUGCUAGUGUGUUUGUGGAUGAUGCUGAGGCGUAUGAGAAGUAUCACCGCGAAGAAGAACCUGAUAACAACAUGAAUAAGGUAUACUCUCAAGUUCCAGUUAAACAUGUAUCCUUGCAAAAAGACAUGAAUGCCCUUGUCCUGACCAUGCGUUAACCUUUGAUUGCAGGGACAAAAUGGUACUUCUACUGCUGGACCAAGCACAUCGACAAGUGUGGCUGAUAUUGAAGAAGAAGAUGAUGAUGAUCUAGAUAUGGAUGAAUUGAAUGAACUUGAAGCAAGCUUGUCAAAAGCAUCCGUUCAAAUUAAAGAGCCCCAAAAAUAAAUCUAAUUUUUAUUUUUCUUAUCGAAUUUCAGAAGCUUAACUUAUUGCUCAUGUGUGCUUGUGUUGCUCGAUUUUCGAUCAUCUAUGUUUUGAUUGUUGAAAUAAAAGUCCAAAUGGUUGUUUAACAUUGUAAUGUAUUGCCCACAGGGCAUAGAUAAAUGUCAAGGAUACAAGUCUAACAACUGCAAUUGCAAUGGGUAAUAUAAGUGUCCACAAAUAGCAACAAAUAUACUUGUUAUUAAAAG